AAGAGAUCAAGGUCAUGUCAGAAUCCGAUGACUUCCCUGAUUAACGACAGCUGUUCUGGAGACCCAACACAGUUUCAAACAUGCACAGACAAAGCAUGCUCAUCGGCAUUUACGGCGACCGGAUAUGCACCUUAUGGAUCUGACUCUAUCAGAUUCCCAUCCGUGAUCCUGAAUGAAGGCAACGACUACAACAGCGCUACUGGUGUGUUCACCUGCCGUGUCCCGGGACUCUACCUUGUCACUGCCACCAUUGGGAAAUACUGGACACUUAGUGUGGAUUAUGUACCGUGUUUCAUACAACUGAAUGGGGACAAUAAGUUAUACCUCUACCAUGAUCCGCACGGUGAUGAUAAAGAUGGUUACACAUCCUCCGCCACAGGUAUAUUUCGUCUGAAUGUAUACAAUCUGAUCAGCGUUGGUGGUUGUAGUUACAGAGAGUCUAUUUAUGAUUCAAAAGCAACCUCUUUUUCUGCAGUGCUCAUUCGUCCAGACCAGUUGUGAAAGUAUUAUGGACGGGACGUGUUUUAUAUAGUGCUUGAAAUCAAAGCUGCGCGUAAGCUUUAUACUAUAAAUAUGCCAGAACUAGUAGUAAUGCGGAAAAUAAAAAGAACAUUGUAUCUAUCCAGAAACCAGUUUUGAGUGUUUACUAAUUUCGUUUUAUAUACCAGUCUUUAUGAAUGUAUUUUUUACAACGUUCGGAAUAUUUUUCAGCAAAAUAAUUAUGUGUUUUCUAUAAAUACCACCGAACUUCUUACAUAUGGUUUAUGACAUGAUAAUUGGAAUAAAUAGAACUUUGUCAUAAAUCAUUAAAUGCGCGGUAAUUGCGAUGUCAUUUCAAAUCAGUUUAGAUAAGUAUUCAAUUGAUAUGAACGGAUGUUCCGUUUUAUAUAACUCUAGUAAACAUUAAAUAUCAGGAUUACAUUGUAAAUGUUUCAUUUACUAGCGAAUGUAAAUUUUGAUGAAAUGAUUAUUUUGUGUAAUGAUUUAAACAUAUUUUAUUGCCUUUUUUCUUUCAACAUGAUCGGUUUUUACAAAUACGAUAUAGAGUAUACAAAAAGCAAAUGGGUUGGACACAAGUUCUAACAACAUUAGUAAAGUCUUCCCCAUUGUGUGUAAUGAGUGUUGAUGAAUAUAUGCUGUAUAUAGAUGAAGUAGUGUGCCAUAAUACAAAUCAUUCUAAUAAAAGCAAAACUGAAACUGUU